AUGAAGUCGCCGAGACCUACGAGGCGCCUUCUGCGACCUAGCCAGCGAAGGAAAGCAGUCCACGGAGCGAAGAGAACCGGAUGUGCGUGGAGCCAGCGACGAAAGCGAACGCCGAGAGUCUCGCCGAGGUCGUACGGCAGCUCUUGCGCGACACACAGAAGCAUCAACCAGGAGGAAACCGCCCCCGCGACGGCCAGGAAGUACGGCGCUCCAGGGGGCGAAGCGGGAGACGAGACGGGUGGCGUGGACAAGACGGCGUUCAACGAAGGUACAGCUGCGGGUGAUGCGGCCGGUUCCGAGGCAGGCAUGAUUCUUCGCGUGGAACGGACUGAGAUGCCGACAAAGAAAAGACCACUGGGCUGCAGAACGACGCCGCUCAGCCUAAAGCAGAAAACGUACCAUCACGUCCCCCGGUGCGUUCCCAGCAUCAAGAUCGACCUCCCGCUCGGACAGUUGAGAGUAAACAGCGGGGGAAAGAGCCCGAUCCGCCGCAGAAAAUUCGACAGAUCGACGGGUAACUUGAGAAAAUUUGUGAGCGUCUGCCGUUAG